GGCACUACAUCUUUGUCUCAAAGUCAAAACAGCAGGAAACAGUUUAGAGAGAAAAAAAACUAAUCGAGAAAGCACACUGAGGAUCACUUGUUUCACAUAACUUCUUUACCUGUUCAGAGCAAACUAACGCUGAACAAGGAGAACAGAGAGAGAGCAGGGAGACUGCGACACUGAAACAGACGCCUGCAAAAAGAAAAAUCAGGAAAUCAAAGUGAAACUUCACUCAGAGACAAAAUGGCUUCCAGAUCAGAGGAGGAUCUCUGCUGUCCGGUCUGUCAGGACGUCUUUAUAGAUCCGGUUGUUCUGUCAUGUAGCCACAGCUUCUGUAAGGAGUGUCUGAAGAACUGGUGGAGAGAGAAACCAGCAAGAGAGUGUCCAGUUUGUAAGACCAUAUCAUUCACCAAAGAUCCUCCAGUUAGUCUGACUCUGAAGAGACUCUGUGAAUUAUUCUUACAGCAGCGAGACAAAAAUGUUUCAGAGGGUCUCUGCAGUCUGCACUCUGAGAAACUCAAACUCUUCUGUCUGGACCACCUGGAAUCAAUUUGCGCCAUCUGCAGAGAUUCAAAAAAACACAUCAACCACAGAUUCAGACCCAUCGAUGAAGCUGCUCAGGAUCACAGAGAGAAUCUGAAAACAUUUCUGGAGCCUUUAAAGAAGAAACUGGAGCUGAAGAAGAAAGUUAAAGAGGAGUUUGAUCAGACAGCAGAACACAGGAAGGUCCAGGCCCGACACACAGAGAGGCAGAUUGUUGAGCAGUUUCAGAAGCUUCAUCAGUUUCUAGCAGAGGAAGAGGAGGCCAGGCUGGCUGCACUGAGGGAGGAAGAGGAGCAGAAGAGAGGGAUGAUGAAGGAGAAGAUGGAGGCUCUGAGCAGAGAGAUAGCAGCUCUUUCAGACACAGUCAGAGCCACAGAGGAGGAGCUGAGAGCUGCAGACGUCUCAUUCCUGCACAACUACAAGGCUGCAGUGGAAAGAGUCCAGCGCGGCCCCCUGCUGGAGGAUCCACAGCUGCCCUCAGGAGCUCUGAUAGACCAGGCCAAACAUCUGGGCAACCUGGCCUUCAACAUCUGGAGCAACAUGAAGAACAUGGUGACCUACACUCCUCUGGUUCUGGACCCAAACACGGCUGGGUCAAGACUCUUCCUGUCUGAAGAUCUGACCAGUUGGACAGUAGGAGAGAUGAAGAAGCUUCCUUAUAAUCCAGAGAGGUUCAAGUCAUGCCGUUCUGUUCUGAGCUCUGAGGGUUUUAACUCAGGGAACCACAGCUGGGAUGUUGAUGUUGGACACAGUGAAGACUGGAUGCUUGGUGUGUUUGCAGAAUCUGUCCAGAGGAACGGAGACAUAGAGUCUGGAUUGUUGGUUUUAGGGUUCAGUAAAGGUAAACACUCAGCAUGUUCUCCAUCAGCUGCUUUCACAUUUCUCUCAGUCCAGAAGAAACUCCAGAGGAUCAGAGUGAAUCUGGACUGGGACAGAGGAAAACUGACGUUCUCUGAUCUGGACACUAACACACACAUACACACCUUCACACACACCUUCACUGAAAAGAUGUUUCUAUUCUUCAACACUCAUGAUAAAAUAAAAAUCCUGCCAAUGAAGAUCUCUGUGGUCAAACAGCAACUCUGAUCUUCUCAGCAUGAAGAACAAAGUCUAAAUGAAACCAUAUUUAUCAAAUCACAAAUCACAUGACAGGUUUUCAUGUUUACUUGAGGUACAUCUCAACAGAUUGCUAGUUGGAUGAAACCAUUUAGUUUCUGAUCAGCACCAAUAACUCUCAGCGUUUCUGUCUGACUUCAUGUCUGCUGCUCCACAACAUGGAAACAUUCUGGGUUUAGUUUCUGUUACAUAAUCUUUUUGUUCAUAUGAGGUGAGAAGGACUUUGUUAAAAGGUAGAAACUUUUCUUCAUGAGACUGGAAGUUGGUUUCAAGUGUGAAAAUAAAAAGUAAACUGUU